CCAUAGGUGGAAUGCACACUCUACUUGAGAAUACACUAGACGAUUUUUUGAACUUCUUUCACCAAACAUAUCAUUUUGUUCUACUAGAGAUUGAUCAGUCAAACAAGGGGCCUUCAUGUUUAAUGCAUGUUGCAGCUCAUGCUCAAAGUAAUGCAAAUCACUUUAAAACCACAUUCACAUUCUUAACCUAACUUUCAUUAUGCAAAUACUUCUCCUCCAUAGACAGAAAAACUAAGGAUACAAAACAAUGCCUUCUUUUUCUAACAUUGCACUGAUUCUUUUGCUUCUAAUCGGCCCUUCAUUGAACACAUUUUCUCAAAGCACUGGUAUUGAACAAUGUAGCUCGAAUCUGCUAAAUUUAGCCCCGUGUGCGCCGUUUGUACAGGGCAUUGCGCCUUCGCCAGUCCAGUCAUGUUGUGACAACCUUAAACAACUCUACAUCCAGCAACCUAAUUGUCUUUGUCUCUUGUUCAAUGAAACAACUUUGAGUUCUUUUCCUAUUAAUAUUAAUACCACACUUGCUCUUCAAUUGCCCCUUCUAUGCAACCUCCAGAUGAUCAUUUCUAAUUGUACAGGCACACCCUUGCCUUCAAAUUCACCUGCUUCUCAAGUUCCCUCAGGGCCAAAAUCAAAUUCAACUGUGGCAGCUUCUCCGAUAGUGACAGUGGCACCGAGGACAAGUAUCAUGGGAUUCGGACUUCACCAUAACGCUGGAGUGAACAUGAAUGAACAAGGUCAAUUUGUGAUGGUGUCGCUAAUAGCAAUUUUAUGUAUGUUUAAAAGCACACUAUGUUAAACCCAAAAACAAGAAGGUUCUAUUUGUUGUGUAAUGUGGAUCAAUAUUUGUGUGGCUCUAGGCUCUAGCUCUAUGCAUGCAGUGUAAUUUACCUUUUUUUUUUUUUUUCUUUUAAUAAUUUAUUACAUGAUCUGAUCAUUGCCUUGUUAAAAAGUUGUGGUUCGACGAGAAAGAGGAAAAAAAGAUAUGAACACUUUUCUCGGUUAACCGAGUUACAUUGUGAUUUAUAGUGAUCCACUGACCGAUCGGAUCGAAUGUUUGAAAUUAAGAAAGAAAAUUAUAUGUGACACCUUUAAAUUUAACUAUGAUGAGUGUCUCACGACUUGAAUUGUAAAUGACACUUUUGUUUGAGCUCAUUCCUUCA